UAUAUGGUUUCGUGCUUGCGCGCGUGCGCCGAGUACCAAUCACAGUCAUUUUCAGGCAACAUGGCGGACCCCGUGACUGAUGAGCAAACUGGCGAACAAAACGGCGGACAAGUUGCCAAUCCGAACCAAGGAACGACAGAUAAUGAGACAGCCUCACCUUCGAAACCUGGAGAAAGUAUAUUCGCUUCAAAGGGCAAAGAUGAUCCUGCGAAAAUUUUUGUUGGGGGUUUAAACAAUUGCACCACAAAUGACAGUCUCCAUUGCUACUUCUCCCAGUUUGGAGAGGUUGUGGACGUCAACGUGAAGUACACACAGGAGCGAAUGGGUAAUCUUAGGGACCCAAAUGAGCAGAAUGUGAGGUCCAGGGGCUUCGGCUUUGUGCUUUUCAAGAGUCCCGAAGUUGCCAAAUUGGUGUUGGCUAAGGAACACGUGGUGGACGACAAAAAAAUUGAGGUGAAGAAAGCAAUCCGGCAGGGCCAGCCACGAUCUAAGAAGCUCUUUGUGGGCGGCAUCGCAAACUUCAUAUCAGAGGAAAUCCUGAAUGCCUACUUUUCUGCAUUUGGCUCGAUCAUAGACAUAAAGAUCCUCGUCAACCAUGUGACCCAGAAACGCCGUGGCUUCGCCUUCAUUCAGUUUGAGGACGAGUCGACAGUAGAUACAAUUGCAGAGGUCAAAUACCACGACCUGUCCAACGGCACGGAGAAAUGUCGAGUGGAGGUCAAGCCCGUGUUGCCGCAGACAGACAAGUUCAGAGACGGCGGCUACCGUGAUAGAGGCGGAUUCCGAGGAAAUGGCAGACGGGGCGGAUACGGGGGAGGUGGUGGUUACGGUCCCCACCAGGGCUACCAAGGGGGCGGGCAUUACAACCAGAUGGGCAGCUACAACCAAGGUGGGCGGGGCGGCUAUAACCAGGGAGGCUACCAAGAUGGUAGCAGUUAUUACCAAGGCGGGUACGACCAGUCUGGCUACAACCAACAGCAGUAUGACCAACACUAUCAGAACUACCAGGGAUACGAGUACAGCUACAAUCAGGGCUAUGGGCAGGGCCAGGGUGGCCAAUACGCCAAUGGGUCUGGGUACCAGGGCGGGUACCAGACCGGAUAUGACACCAGCAAUUAUGGGGGUGGACAACAGCAGUAUAACUAUGGCUCAAACUAUGGACAAGAAGCGUCGGGCUACGGUAAGGCCCCAACGGGUGGCUACCAGCACAGUGCCAACCAACCAUACUGACGCAGUUGGGGUACCAGACAUAACAAAGAUACAUAUUUUUGAUCUGUUCAAAGAAGAUUCUUGGUCCCUGAAAUUCAAUGAUGGUGAUAGUUGCUACAGUGAUUAUGGUGAUAAAAAAACACGGAACCCCGUCACAGAACCUGACCAUGUCCCCUUUAAAACACUUGGGCAGUUAGCCUGUCUCCACUGAGUUGACCCCUCAAGACCCAGAGGAAGAGAAUUUCCUUUGGAUCUUGUCGAUUUUGACCAGUGAGGGCAUCAUAUACAUGUACUUUGGGUUGAUUUUAGCUUCUGUUGCAUUCAGUAGGUUACAGCACUUUGUUUUCGUUGGAUUCAGCAGACUUCACUCGUGUUGAAUUUGGGUUGGUUGCAAACUCUGCUCCCGAAUUCAGGGGACUUUCAUUUUGCUGUCUGUGAAUUUCAUGGGAUUCAACAGACCUCUAGCCUUUCUUUUGUAGUUCAGUGCCCGUUGAAGUCAGCGGGCUUUGCAGCUUUUUCAGCUCUAGGAUUCUGUUUGAUACAGCUAUGUUCCUGGGGGGAUGAAGUUAGUAAGAGAUAUGGUUCUUUAUUUUGGAAUACUUGGCAUAAGACUGAGAAAAUUGUCAUGCAGGGCUUUCACCGGUGGGCAUGUAUAAUAGUACAGUACCAAGCCAUAUGUAAAUGCAUGCGUUGGUAUUGGAAAAGAUGAGUUAACAAAAUUUGGGGAAACUUCAGGAUGAAAAUAGUUUGAACGGAAGAAGAGAUUCGUUGACUUGCCCUAAUUUAGAAAAAAAAAAGAGUCUUGCACUGGAUGAUUAGGCUGGCCACGUGGAAUCCAGCGCUUGGUCUGUGAAAUUGUGGUUACUCUAAAUGUUUCAAAACCCUAGAAAUGAACAGGGACAAAGGAUGUUAAAUAUCAAGUUUGAAAAUGCUAACCCGUACCUAUUUGCUGGAUUUCAGAUCUGAAAUUUGGUGAUAGUUUGUGACAACCAAUAGGUCGAGAGAAAAGUGUUGAAUAAAUAUGAAUAGCACGUUGAAGUUUACUCACACUAGAGGGGAAAUACACUCAACAUUACAUAAAUGUACAGCAACAGUGUUAUUCUUAAACCUUGGAGUGGAUUUCAAAAACGGCCUUGAGGGAGUGAGGCAGCCUCCAUUCCGUGCGUUACAACUUUCAGGAUUGAAAUACUCAGCGGUCAGCGUAACUUUGCUUUUCUAUCCGAUACAUAAGUUGUCCCGAGACAAGCGAAGGUACAAUAUGUUGCAGCGACCUUUGACUUGAAUGGACUGUUUGGGAAAGCGCACGAAUCUUUGCGAAUGAGAAGUGUAUUUAGAUGUCGUCAAUUUGUGUUUUAGAUAUUUUAGUGUGUCCCACAAAAGGUAAAAACCCUUGCGGUUGGCUGUUAGAGUCACCGUUUGGCGAAACACAACCAAAAAGACAAACAAAAGAGACCAUAAUUAGUUGACCUUCAGUGACGUGUGUAAAAGUUUCCAUUUAAUUUGGUUUUGAUUGCCUGAACUAUUUUUAAAAGCUGAAAACGAGUUCUGAUGUAUGUAUUGUGUAGCCGCUAGGAUGUUAGGGAUUGACUCGAGACUAUGGCAACGUGUUGGUCAUCGGAACAAGAACUGUUGUCCGGAACAACUUGAAAGGCCGAUGCUUCUCCCGAUCCUAUUGAAGCUAGACGGACUUUAUAACUUCGCACCAACAGCUUUGGGAAAAAAAUCCACUUGCCCCACUCUCUUUCGAACCGAGUGGGAUGUGAUUGGUCAAGCGAAGUGACGUAUAAUACUCUGCAUGGAGGGGGCGGGUCCUUGCAGACUCAACUUGUUCACCCAUUUUGCCCAUAAUAUGUUGCAGAUGUAUUGUAGGUUUUUUUUUGGGGGGGGGUUGUGUGUGUGUGUGUUUUGGGGGUUUCUUUUUGGCGUCCAAGCCUUAAAAUGUGGUUUCUUUGUUCUUGCUUCAGUCAUCAAGACGAACUAUCUUUCACCAAAAGAGUGAUUCGUGACCAACCCUUUCGCUAACCUACACGUACAACGUGAUUAAACGCAAAGGACUGACUGCCUAGGAGGAAACGUGUCCUUUUACUAGUAUGAACUAUGUGAUCUCCAUUGUAGAUGUUUUAAGUGAUGUUAGUGUUCUUUGAUGUCUCCUUUGUUGAUUUUUUAAAACGAUUAUAAAUGGUUCAAGGGUUAAUAAAAUGAGCAUUCCUUAUGCAGUUAAAGUUGCCAAAGGUUUUUUAAUCUAACUUAUUUAUGUGAGCUUGUAAAGGUGUUCUUAUGCCAUGUAUAAAAAUGGUUUAAUACGCACAUGCGUUUCGAAGCAACUUUUCUUAAGACAAUCUUAUUUAAAGUGCACUGCCACUGAAAAGUCACAUGAACAGCUGCAAUUUUUGAACAAGAAGUCUUCUUUUAAAGAAAAGUUAGUUUUUUCUUUUAAGAGGAGUCUUAUUUAAAAUUAAAACUUUGGCCAAUUAAAGUGCCUUAUUUUAAAACUACCAGGUGAUUUUAGUACAUGUAAAUGCGAAACCUGGUGCUUUUUUGUCGAUAAUUGGCGACGUUUAUAUUGUAUACUUGUGGAAACUUUCAUGGAAUAUCUCCCUUUUUUUACAAGAAAAGUUGGAAAAAGA